GCGAUGUUCCAUCUGAUCCACCAAAAUGUGACUGCCUCAAAAAAAAUGCUCUGUCUUCUCUCUCUCCAUCUCUGAACCUUUCUCUCUCUUCUCUGCUGCAACUCAACUGCAACUGCAAGCUUUCAUGAUUAUCUUUUUUCCUUGAAAACAACAUACUCCACCAAACCCAAUAUAAAAAAAUUCGAAAAAAUAAAUUAAAACUCCGACCAUUAAUUUUUUUUUUUCUUGAAGGUAAAACGAAAUACCAACUACCCAAUAUCAUCUCAUCUCAUCAUCGUCAAUCUCUGUUUCUUGAUUUCUACUUCUUCUUUCAGACCAAAAGCGAAAGCCCCAUCUCAACAACUUCCAUAGAAGGGGAAAAAGGAGGUGGGGGUUUCAAUAAGAUAGAUGGCGGAGGUCAAUAGACCUUCAAGGAACAGAGGCUUCUAUGUGAGGAUGAGACUAUUACAGAACAAGCAUGGAAGACAAACAGACAAGUCUUAUUGCUACAGAUACCUCAAAUGGCUUCUCUGGUUUUCUCUCUCCUGCUACUUCUUCACCUCUUACCUCAUCUCCCACAACCCACAAACCCACAAAUCAUCCACCUCUCUAGCGGCCGUUUCUCGCUCUAAAUCCAUCUUGGCCAAUCGUGCGCUCUUCGAAUCCCUCAACAACACUGUUCUUCAACAACCCAAAACCCGCCAAGGUUUGUUCAAGGAUUUGAAGGUGUACGUGUACGAUUUACCAUCGAAAUACAACAGUGAUUGGCUAUCGAAUGAGCGGUGUAGCAGCCACCUCUUUGCCUCUGAGGUGGCCAUACACAGAACUCUAUUGAACAGCGAUGUACGGACGCUUGACCCAUGGGAAGCUGACUUCUUCUUCGUCCCCGUCUACGUUUCCUGCAACUUCAGCACCAUUAAUGGCUUCCCGGCGAUCGGUCACGCAAGGUCUCUGAUUUCAUCGGCGGUCCAGCUCAUUUCCUCGGAGCUUCCCUUCUGGAAUAGGAGCCAGGGCUCCGACCACGUCUUCGUCGCUUCUCACGAUUUCGGAUCUUGCUUUCAUACAAUGGAGGACGUAGCGAUUGCAGAUGGAGUACCAGAGAUAUUGAAGAAGUCCAUUAUAUUACAGACAUUUGGUGUUAAAUACAAACACCCUUGUCAAGAAGUUGAGAAUGUGGUCAUACCUCCGUACAUCUCGCCGGAAAGUGUAAAAACCACCCUCUCAAAAUCUCCGGCGAAUGGCCGGCGAGACAUUUUCGCGUUCUUCAGGGGCAAAAUGGAAGUCAAUCCCAAGAACAUCAGCGGUCGUUUUUACAGCAAGCGUGUGAGGACGGUUAUAUGGCGGAGGUACGGCGGCGACCGGAGGUUUUACCUAAAGCGUAACAGGUUUGCCGGUUACCAGUCAGAGAUCGUUCGUUCCGUGUUUUGUCUCUGCCCGCUAGGGUGGGCCCCGUGGAGUCCGAGAUUAGUAGAGUCUGUUGUUUUGGGUUGCGUGCCGGUCAUCAUAGCCGAUGGUAUCCGGUUGCCGUUUUCCACCGCCGUGAGGUGGCCGGAGAUAUCGCUCACGGUGGCGGAGAGGGACGUCGGAAAGUUGGGACUGAUUCUUGAACACGUGGCAGCUACCAAUCUCUCGACCAUUCAGAGGAACCUAGGGGACCCAGCAAUAAGGCGGGCCUUACUCUUCAAUGGUGACAUGGAGGAAGGCGACGCCACGUGGCAGGUUUUUGAUGCCCUCUCCCAGAAGCUGGACAGGUCCAACAGGGUUUCUAGGAUUCAUAGCAAAUCAAGUUUCGACACGUAAUGGUUUCUUAUUGGUGGAGAAAACUUGACAGCUAGUGAUCCCUCUUCAUGACGUGGAUGGUCCUGAAUGGACGUAGUUGUAUACAGCUGUAUUUUAUUGGACUGCUCGAAGUACAGGCGAUAGAAUAUGUAUAUAUUAGACACGCUAGAGUUUUUCAUUCCUUCAAAUUUUUGGGAUUGUGGGGCCGUGGCGUAGGUGGCGAACUGUGACUGGUUGGGUUUGUGUGUUUGGUGGGACAUACGCUGAUUCUGUGCAUGUGUAGAGGAAUAUAUUUAGGCGAAAUAAUAAAACGGGGAGUGAUAGGGUGAUGGUGGUCCACAUGUGUUGCGAUGAGGGUCCCUGUAAAAAUGAGACGCUGUGUAAAGAUGACAAGUAUUUUGUUCAUUACAGAAAAAGAAAUAAAAUAAAUAUAUGAAAGCAGGAAAGAAAGAAAAGAGGUUCAGCAAGACAAUAAUGGAGUUUUUAAAGCAAA